AUGGAGACCUUAUCUUUCCUGGUGAUUACAUUUCAGGAAGAUGGCUUUCCCUUCCCCUCUAGUCUUUUAAAAAUUUUACAGAUUGAAGAUCCAGGUUGCUUCUGGGUUAUUAUAAAAGGACAUAGUCCCUUCUUAGAUCAUGAAGUUGGAUAUCAAAAACUAAAUCGUGCCAUGGAUGACUUCUAUAACAGCAUGUGUCAAAAUAUAGAAAUAAAACCAUUAGUAUUGGAAGAAGGGCAGGUUUGUGUGGUUUAUUGUCAGGAACUAAAGUGCUGGUGCAGGGCUGUUAUUAAAUCAAUCAUGUCUUCAGCAGAUCAUUACUUGGCAGAAUGUUUCCUUGUGGAUUUUGCCAAGUACAUUCCAGUAAAAUCUAAAAACAUCCGAGUUGCAGUAGAAUCUUUUAUGCAGCUUCCCUAUAGAGCAAAAAAAUUCAGACUUUAUUGCACAAAACCUGUUACAUUACACAUUGACUUCUGUGAAGACAGUGCUAAAAUUGUACCUGCCAAAAAGUGGGACAGUGCAGCUAUCCGGUAUUUUCAGAACAUCCUAAAAGCAACUACCCAGGUGGAAGCCAAAUUAUGUGCUAUGGAAGAAGAUACUUUUGAAGUUUACCUUUAUGUAACUAUAAAAGAUGAAAAAGUUUGUGUUAAUGAUGAUCUGGUUGCAAAGAACUUCGCUUGUUAUAUAUCACCCACAGAGAAUAAAAACCUUGAUUCUUUAGAGAAACCAAGAUUGAGUAUAAAGUCAGCAUCCUUCUCCAGUACACUGAAUCCAGCACUGACUCUUUGGCCAAUGUUUCUGCAAGGAAAAGAUUUUCAAGAAAUGAAAAAUUCACAGGGUUUAAAUUUUCUGGCACAAUCUCUCCAGCAUACAUGGUGCAAGGGUGUUGUUGGUGACUUAGGGCCGACUGCUACAGUACUGGAUAAAGCUGUAAAAUGUAAUAUGGACUCAUCAAGAGAUUCCCCUAAAAAAAAAUCUGAAAACAAACAGCAACACAUCUCUUUAAAAGAUGUAAAUAAGUCUGUUGAAUCUUCAGCAUACUGGCCAACAGAAAGAGGCAUAACCAUAUAUGCUGGUCCAGAUACACUAGCAGCAAGUGCUUUAAGUCAGAAGCCACCUGAGAAACCACUUGGACUGGCUGAGAAGAAAGAAUAUGAUAAGAAGAAUGGCUGUGUGAAAUUACUGCAGUUUUUAAAUCCCGAUCCUUUGAGAACUGAUGGAACCUCUGAUCUGCAGCAGUUGCAGAAGCUGAAGUCGGGCCCGCAGCAGCCUGUUGCGGUGCUCCGGAACAAGAUCGAGCCCUGCCUGACCAUGGAUGUGUCGCCACUUUCAGCAGACCUGAAAAAGGCUCUUCAAAGAAAUAAGUUUCCGGGACCUAACCACACUGAAUCUUACUCUUGGCCUCCCAUAGCACGUGGCUGUGAUGUGGUUGUCAUUUCUCAUUGUGGAAAUGACCCUUUGUUGUACCUUCCACCAGUGCUUACAAUUUUGCAAACAGAGGGCUGCUACAAGUCAUUACCAAGUAGAAAUGGACCUCUUGCAGUCAUCGUGUGCCCUGGGUGGAAAAAGGCCCAAUUAAUUUUUGAAUUAUUGGGUGACUAUAGCAUGUCGUCCAGGCCUCUUCAUCCUGUGUUAUUGACAAUCGGACUCCGCAGAGAUGAAGCAAAAAAUAUGAAGCUUCCAAGGGGGUGUGAUGUGAUUGUUACAACACCGUAUAGCCUCUUGAGACUUCUCACCUAUCAAAGCCUGUUGUUUCUUAGACUCUGUCACCUGAUUUUGGAUGAGGUGGAAGUAUUAUUCUUUGAAGCUAAUGAGCAAAUACUUGCUAUAUUAGAUAACUUUAAAAAAAAUAUUAAAGUUGAAGAAAGGGAAUCUGCACCACAUCAAAUUGUUGCAGUUGGAGUUCACUGGGACAAACAUAUAGAACAUUUAAUCAAAGAGUUCAUGAACGAUCCCUACGUUGUAAUCACAGCCACGGAAGAGGCUGCUCUCUAUGGCAAUGUUCAACAGGUAGUGCAUCUUUGCCUAGAAUGUGAAAAAACCUCUACUUUACUCCAAGCUCUUGAUUUCAUUCCAAGUCAGGCACAAAAGACUUUGAUCUUCACCUGUUCUGUAGCUGAAACAGAAAUAGUGUGUAAGGUAGUAAAAAGCAGUUCAAUGUUUUGUUUGAAAAUGCAUAAAGAAAUAGUUUUUAAUUUAAAAAGUGUUUUAGAAGAGUGGAAGAAGAAGUUAAGUUCUGGCUCUCACACUGUAUUAGCUUUAACUGACGAUUGCAUACCACUGUUGGCCAUCAGCGAUGCCACAUGUGUGAUUCACUUCAGCUUCCCUUCAUCGCCAAAAAUUUUUGGUGGACGGCUAUAUUGCAUGUCUGAUCAUUUUCAAAGUUUAACUGAACAGGGCUCUCCUGCAGAACAGGGAGAUAAAAAAACCAAAUCCAUCCUGCUGCUGACAGAGAGAAAUGCAAGCGAUGCAGUUGGGGUCCUGCGCUACUUGGAGCGAGCAGAUGCCAAAGUUCCACUGGAGCUGUAUGAGUUUACUGCAGGAGUUCUGGAAGCCAAAGAAGAUAAAAAAGCCAGAAGGCCUCUUUGUCCCUAUCUUAAGACUCUUGGUUUUUGCAAAAACAAAAGGAUCUGUCCUGACCGACACCAUAUUAAUCCAGAAAUGGACAUGCCAAGGAAAUUGUCCAGCCAAGCUCUACCAAUGUUUGGAUGCAUUAAAAUAAUACCUUUUUAUAUUUCGAAUGCAACAAAUUACUUUGGUCGUAUAAUUGAUAAACAUGUGGAUCUUUGUGCAACUCUGAAUGCUGAAAUGAAUGAGUAUUUUAAGAAUUCCAGUAAUAAAACCACUGUUGAAAAGGCGGAGAAGUUUGGAUUAUAUGGAUUAGCAGAAAAAACACUUUUUCAUAGGGUUCAGGUGUUGGAGAUGAGCCAGAAAGAAGACACUUGGGUCCUGGAUAAUGUCCUUGUAAAGUUCAUAGAUGAAGGCAGGACUGGACUUGUCACAAGAGGCCAACUGUUGCAUCUCCCAGAAAACUUCCACACUCUUCCCCCACAAGCUGUGGAGUUUAUUGUUUGUAGGGUGAAACCUGCUGACAAUGAAAUUGAAUGGAAUCCAAAGGUUACUAGGUACAUUCAUCAUAAAAUUGUUGGAAAAUUGCAUGAUGCAAAAGUGGUAUUGGCUUUGGGAAAUACGGUUUGGAUUGAUCCAAUGGUGCACAUUACAAAACUUUCAAAUUUGAAAACUUCUAUCAUUGAUUAUAAUGUUCGAGUUGAAAUUUUGUCAAUGGGAAUGGGCAUUGAUAAUCCAGAACACGUAGAACAAUUGAAAAAAUUAUACAAAGAAGCUAAAAUGCCAGCUUUUGAAGAAAGCUUAAGCCAAACCCUGGCACCUCCUUCAGCAGAUGCUGCUGCUUGUUUGCAGAGCACACACCAAGAGGAUGGGGGUGAAGAAAGAGAGGUGUACUCCAAGACAAAGUCAGAAGACCCAAAGUCUGAAACUUUAUCUGAAAACACUGGAGAUACUUCCAUUAGCACAACUACCCAGCCACAUCUGAAAAGCUUCCACCCACAAAUAAAGUGGUUCCAAAAAGAAGAUGUUGUCAUCUUAAAGAUAAGAAUAAGGAAUGUAAAAGAUUACAAAUGUAAAUACUUUAGAGACAGAGUCAUUUUCAGUGCCUGGGUGGGAGACAAAUUUUACUUGGCUGAUAUGAACCUGCAGGCCAACAUAAUAGAAGAUGGCUGCAAAUGCAUAAUUAAUAAUGAUGAACCUAUAAUCACUCUUGCAAAAGAGAGAAGGGAAUCUUGGAAUAGCUUACUCAAACAGAGGAAUCCUAAUGUGGCUUUUGAUUUUGAUCACUGGGAAGAAUGUGAAGAGGACAGCCACUUCUCCAAGGUUAUAAAUUCUAAAAACCUGUCCUACAAAGUAGCUGAGGUGGUUGAAAACAGUAGCACGACUUCGGAGGAUUACGAAAGUAAUAGUGAAUGA